GUCUUGUGAAAGGUUGCUUUUUUGUGGUAGUCAUAUUAAAUUGUAUUAUUAAUUUCUGUACCGGUACGUGCGGAAAUCCCCGCGGAGAUCAUGAACCCUCUUACCAACGUGAAGAAUAUCAACAAGCUGAAUGAGCUUGAAGCGGAAUUUGGCGUUUCAAGUUCUGCUUCAUGGCAUCAGCAAUACAAGGAUAGUGCAUACAUCUUUAUCGGAGGGCUGCCCUUUGAGCUGACAGAAGGCGACGUCCUCUGUGUGUUUUCCCAGUACGGAGAGAUUGUUAACAUCAACCUAGUGAGGGAUAAAAAGACGGGAAAGUCCAAGGGAUAUUGCUUCGUUGCGUACGAGGAUCAACGGAGCACCAUCUUAGCGGUUGAUAACUUCAAUGGCAUUAAGCUGAAGGGUAGGACACUGAGGGUAGACCAUGUGAACGAGUAUCGCAAGCCCAAGGAUGAUGAUGAUAUCGAUGAUGCUACCAAGAAGCUUAGAGAAGAAGGAUGCGCUCCCAAGACACCUCCAACAUCCAAUGACGAAGAGGAGGAGGAGGAUCUAGUGCUUCCAAUAAAAGGAGAUGAUAGACAUUCUGCAAAGAAGAAGUCAAAGAAAGAAAAGAAGAGAAAGAAAAGGACCCGUGACCUUGAUGACAGAGCAUCAACUCCUCCGGUGAAAGUGAAAAUGGAAGAAGAUGAGGACUAUGGCAGACAGAAAGAAAAGUUAAAGAAAGGUGAUAAGAAAGAAAGAAGAGCUGAUGAAGAGAAGUAUCAUACGUCGAGAAGGUACGAAGAUGAUGAAACAAAGGUUCAGAGAGAUCGCAGCAAUCGCUGGGAUAGGGAACGGGAGGACAGACCAAGGAUGGAGAGAAAGGAGAGAGAAGGAGGGUGGAGGGAUAUGGACGGAGAAAGAGAAAGGAGGAGGGAUAGAGAGGAGAGAAGAGAGAGAGACGACAAGAGUGAACAUAGAGAUAGAGAGAAGGAAAGAAAUAGGCGGGACAGGGACAGAGAAAGGCAACGGGAUAGGAGAGAUGUGGAUGGGGAAAGGGAGAGAGAUAGAAGGGAUAGGUAUAGAUGAGGUGGACAGUUUGUCUUCCUAGAGAUCUGUGACAUUGUGGUACGGUCAGCUUGAUACCCUGACAUGAAAUCAAGGGUUCAAGUCCUACCUCACGUUGGGGAAAGGGUAGAGAGAGGAGUACAUGUAGAUAUAGAUGAGGUGGACAGUUUGUCUUCCGAGAGAUCUGUGACAUUGUGGUUCAGUCAGCUUGAUACUCUGAUAAGACAUCAAGGGUUCAAGUCCUACCUCGUGUACUGCAUGUUGUCGGUGUCAUAGCAGUGUACGUCUACUUCUUGAAAGCACGCAAGAUAUUUCAUGAUUGUAGUCAAUCACUCGCUAGAGUGUUCUGUAAAGAAUUUAGUUUUUGAAUUCCACGCUAGACCUGCUUGGAGUAGUAAUUUUAGGAUGUUAGGGAAUGAGCGUGCAAUACAAUAUCAUUGGGGAUACAAGCUUGAGCUCCCUGCCCUUACCUGGUACGUGCACCUCAUGUGGUUUGCG